AUGGAUCUUGUUAAAGAAUCUGCAACUUUCCCUUCCAUCACCUCAGAUACAGAUGUCGUAGCUGAUAUGCUUUUACUCAAAUUGUAUUCUGUUGUUGACAUCGCGAAGACUUUCAAUAUGCAUUCUGCGCUAAGAGAAGUAGAGCACUUUGUUAGACAAAGAGAAGGCAAUUGCUGUUUCCGUAAGAAGGAUGCUGAGAUGCUAAAGCUAAGUUUUUAUCAAGCUGAAAAUGUGAUUGAAGAGUAUGAAAUUUUCACUCAGCGAAAACAGUUGCUUUUUCCAAGUUCAAAGUUAUCAAAGGUACACAUAGUGUUUGCAACCAGAAUGUAUGGAGGUUUUGCUAGUCCUCGUAGAGAAAGAGCACUUAUGCAUACACGGGCGUCUGUGCAUUGCACUGAUGUUGUAGGAAGGGACAUCGAUAGAGAUAUAGUUGUUGGAAGUCUUUUAAGUAAUUCAGGAAAUGAAGCAAACCUUUUUGUAUUUCCCAUUGUUGGAGAUGGAGGUAUUGGGAAAACUACUCUUGCGAAAUUGGUGUAUAACGAUCUAAGGAUCGUUAAUAAUUUUCAACUGCGCUUGUGGAUUCAUGUGUCUCGUGUGUUUAAAGUAGAGAGAGUAUUAGAACAAAUCGUGAAUUCGGUUAGAGAAGAUUUGUGUGAGAAUCUUGAUAUGAAUGAACUGCAGAAGCUAGUUCGUGAGGCUUUGUACGAAAAGAAUUAUUUGAUUGUUUUGGACGAUGUGUGGAAUGAGGAUCCAAUGAAAUGGGAUGAGUUAAAGAAGUCGUUGAUGGUGGGUACUUGCAGAAGCAAGAUUCUUGUCACUACGCGGCAUGAGGCAGUAGCUUUGGUCAUGGGGACGGUUCCUGCAUACUGUUUGAAGGGCUUAUUGAGUGAAGAUUGUCUGACUUUGUUCUUGAGAAACGCCUUUGAACAAGGUCAGGAAGUGUUAUAUCCAAAUCUCGUUGGGAUCGCAUCAGAUUUAGUGCAGAAUUGUGAGGGAAAUCCCUUACACUUGGUGACUUUAGGAUCUUCAUUGCGCACGGAAACUGAGGAAUGGAAGUGGGGUCAUGUUAAAACUCAUCGUAUCUGGAACUCAAAUCGGGAUGACACCAUUUCACCUGCACUGAGAAUGAGCUACGAGCGAUUGCCAUCUACGCUCAAAGUUUGUCUUGCAUACUGCUCGAUAUUUCCCAAGGGCUGUGUGAUUGAAAUAGAUAAACUGAUACAGCUCUGGGUAGCAGAAGGUCUCAUUAGCAAGUCUGAUGAAUCAGAUGAUCUUGUGCACAUUGCAAUUCAGUAUUUCCAAGAGUUACUGUCGAGAUCCUUUUUUCAAGACGUUGAAGAAUAUCGUUCCAUUUAUACCUCAAUCUGUACUAUGCAUGACCUCGUACAUGAUCUUGCACUCUCAGCCGCAGGGGUUGAAUUCUGUACUGUAAACUCUCACAUACAAAACAUUUCUGAUGAGGUCAGACGUGUUGCGUUUUCUGACUAUGAUUUGUCAGGCAGGGAACUGCCAGUAUCCCUUGUCAGUAACGGGUCAUUAAGGACCAUAUCCUUCUCCGUUGAUGAAGUAGGACCGAUGAGUACAAUGUUCGUUGAGAACUGCAUAGCAAGAUUCAUGCAACUUAGGGUGCUAGAUAUCAGUGACUCCUGUUUUGAUGAGCUGCCUAGCUCUGUUGGCGAAUUGAAGUACUUAAGAUAUCUUGAUGUAAGUGCCAAUGGCAGCAUUAAAGAAUUACCUGAUUCGAUCAACAAGUUGUUGAGCUUACAGACACUUCGAGCUACUCGUUGUGCACAACUUGAAGUGCUGCCUAAAGAUAUUGGAAAUUUGAUCAGCCUACGACACUUGCAUAUAACCACCAAGCAAGCAUGUUUUCCUGAUAAAGGAAUUGGCUGCUUAUCAUCUGUUCGUUCUUUGUACAUUCAUAGCUGCAAGAAUCUCGUAUCUUUGUCUGAAGGUCUGCAACAUCUGACUAGCCUCCACACACUGGCAAUCAUCGGUUGCCCAAGACUGACCUUUUUCCCAAGUGCUAUGAAGCACCUUACUGCUUUAGAGAACCUGUUGAUUAUCGACUGUGAAGAACUUACAUUGUUGGAGUGGCAAGAUAUUGAAGGGCUUAGGAUGCUUCGGUCACUGGUUAUCGGAGGCUUACCGGAAUUGGAGUCGAAAGAUGUUCAAUGCCUCGACAACCUACAGAUGCUGGUGCUAGCAGGGCUACCUCAGUUAGUUACUUUGCCCCGAUGGCUUGAAGGUGCUAGUGCUACUCUACAAUACCUAAGAGUGGAAAGGUGCCCAAGUUUCACAUCAUUGCCAAAAUGGUUGGAAAAUCUGACCGCACUUGAAAAACUUGAAAUUUCCAAGUGCCCUAAAACAUUUUCAUUGCCCGAGAGGAUGAGUUGCCUCACGAACCUGAAGGUACUUAAGAUCGACAACUGAAUGAUCUUGAGUUCAGAACGCCGAGGCAGGAUCCUCAUAUUGCUGAUGCUCAAACAAUGGAAACUGACUCAAUGACCCAACAAUCGAUAUGUAUUUUCUAGUUUCUUCAUGUAUUUUUCUUCUUCUUAUCUGUUUGUUUCACAGUCUUGUGUUAUUUAUACAAAUUACUAUCA